AAAACUCACGUAGUUGGGAAGUUCAGUAGCCCUCGAAGCAAAUUAUAAAACGCGAACGGGUGAACGGAGAGAGAGAGAGAGAGGGAGAGAGGGAAAAAUCAGAAAAGUACUGUAAAUUUCCCAACGGCGAUGGAACAAGCGACGCCGUCGUCAUCGGGGCUAUACGGAGACGGAGAACGGAGAGGAGGCGGGGGCGGCAAGUUCAGGAACCCAGCGGCGCGUAGGCCGCCGCCGACUCCUUACGACCGUCCGCCGUCGAGUCGGUCGCACGCCUCCGGCGAUGGCGGAUGGUUGUCGAAGCUCGUGGAUCCCGCUUACCGCCUCAUCGCCGGCGGCGCCACCAGAAUCCUCCCUUCUAUCUUCUCAAAGUCACCUUUUUCCGCCGCCUCAUCCACCGAAGAUCAUGAUAGUGAGGGAUCAGAGGUAGAAGAAACGGCCUAUGGCGGUAGUGAAGGACACACUGUGAAUCUUGAAAUAUCCAAACCUGAAGGAAUUAAUUCCAAGGAAGGAGCAGAAUUAGGGAAUGGAAAUUCUGAUUGUGUUCAGCUUGGACGGGACAAAAUCAACAACUUACCUGACGGUACCGAGUUCUCAAAAAUUGAGCAGCUGGUAAAGGGAAGAAAGUUUUCUAGGGAUGAACUCAAUCGUUUGACAGGGAUAUUAAAUUCUAGGGUUGGGGAUCUUUCUAAUACUUAUUCGGAGGAAAAGACACAAAAUAUAGCCAUUAAAAGAGAAGGAAAAGAGGCUGUGUUGGUCCAUGAGAACCGAAGAAUGUCCAUUGAAGAAAAGCAAGAUGGUUGGGUUGGAGCUAGAGUAGGAACCUCAACACCUUUACUUCCAUUAGCUGCCAAAGAACCUGUUGGUGCUUCACCUGUUGAUAUUGCAAGAGCUUAUAUGAGAACUCGAGUCUCAGAAGUAAGCACUGCUUCUAGGGAAAUAAUCUCCGAUGAAGAAAAAAGUUUACAACAAAGUGGUGGAUUCGCUUCGCCAUUGAUGCCAUCACAUUCACCUAAGUCAUCUGUGUGUUGGCCGGGUUCCAUGGUACAAGAUCAACAUGGUUAUUCAACCCCACAAAGUAGCAGAUAUGGGCUUCAUCUCUUCCAACGGACCCCAUAUUCCAGAACUAUGUAUUCGAAAUCCAAACCUGAGCUGACUCGUUCACAAACGGACAAGAAAAGGUAUCUGAACAUUCUGUCAACUCCCCGGCUGCAACCUCAAACUACUCUCUUUGGAAAGGAUGAUGCAAUUAAGGACGUCAAUGCAUCGGUGGGACCUAUUCGUCGUGCACGGCGUAAGUUUGUUUCUGAAGCACGACCCAGAGGAUCUGGUUCCCUUCGUUUUCCUCAAAAUAGUCCCUUACAAGUGGGAAAUUCUAGCCUUUCUAAUCUGUUCUUGCCUGCACACACAAGUGGGAAUUUGGAAGUUGGAUCUACAAGCACACAUACAGAGUUUCAGUCAGUUGACAACACGAGGAACACUUCUGAAGUGGGCAUCCCAGCUCUCCAAUCCUCUAACCCCGCUGUUAGAGCAAUAUUGGAGCAUCUUGAUAGGAACAAGCCCACACCUAAAGAGAAGUCAGCUGAGUUGCAGCUAGCCACCGAAUGGAAGAAAUUUUCAUCUUCUAUAGUAACUGAUGCGAUGGUAAAAGAAGGUACCCCGUUGCCACGUUUAGAAGGCUAUGAUUUUCUUAAGAACAAAAGCAUUGUUGAGAAGGGAUCCUCUGCUCAAGAAAAUGAUAGAGAGAACUCCAAUUUUAAAGUAAAACCUGCAGAGAAAAGUACUAGUCAAGCAGCUGAUGGGAGUAAAGAUAUUGGGACUUCUAGCACUCUCAACAGAAGCAACAGUCCCCAAAUCAAGUUCACCAAUGAGACUACUUCGUUCAAGCUCAAAGACAGCAUAGAGCAGAAAGGAAAGAAUCAACUUUGGCCUCUCCACAGCCAAAGUGAAAGGCAGGGAAUUUCCAACACCGUCCCCAACUUUGUUGGAUCUGAGUUGCUGAAAAAGCCUCCAGUUCACUCUUCGGCUUCAAAGCCAAACCUGGCCUCUAUUUCUGUCAGCAAGCCUAGCUUUGGGUUCACAUUCCCGGUUUCCACGUCUUCUGGUGUUCUCCCAGAGCCGCCAACGCCAUCUAUCAUGCCGUCUACUUUAGCCAGUAGCCCGCCUCAGCCGAAAGAUGGGCCUGCUAUUCCAUCUUACAGCUUUGGAACAAAGAGGUCGAAACCACCUCUUGUUUUCUCUUUCCCUUCUACAAGCAAUGCCUCUAUACAAGAUAACGACACAGCAGAUAUUAAGUUCAGCUUUGGAUCUGACAGGAAGAAUCGGGUAUCUUUCAGGUCAGUUGAUGCCAUUUGUUAUUAGCGUUAGCAUGCUGAACGUCUUCUUUUGAAUUUCUUUUUUUCUUCCACCCUCCCCCCUUUUAAGCGUCCAGCUCGUAAGAAGAUUGAUAAUUUGUAUUUUUCUAUACUGUUGCACCAUUCUUUGAAACCUGACUCAUGUUUGAUGAGCUACAGAAGGCAGGAAAUAGAGCCUUGAAAUCAGUGAGGUGGUCAACAAUGAAAUGUGCCUUGUUUCC